ACACACGUAACUUCCACAUUCAUCUCAUCCCACUCCACUGGUCACUAAUGGAUCUUAAAAUCACUUUCCCAGUUCUGUUCUCUUUCCUUCUCUUCAUCUUCAUGACACUUAAGAUUGUCAGGAGAAAACCAAACCCAAAAGGCUUAACCACGAAGCUCCCUCCAGGUCCAUGGAAGCUACCCAUCAUAGGCAACAUGCACCAGCUCGGCGGCCCACUUCCGCACCGGACGCUGAGUGAAUUGGCUAAGAAGUAUGGUUCAUUGAUGCACCUCAAGAUGGGCGAGGUCUCGACGGUUGUGUUCUCAUCGCCGGAGACUGCCAAGGAGGUCUUGAAGACCCAUGAUGUGAUCUUUGCCUCUAGGCCUCCGAUCCUUGCCUCCAGCAUCAUUUCCUAUGAUUGCACAAGCAUCACGUUUGCACCCUAUGGUGAAUAUUGGAGGCAACUGAGGAAAAUCUGCAUCCUGGAGCUCCUGAGUUCCAAGAGAGUGCUGUCAUACCGGUCCAUCCGGGAGGAUGAGAUGUUGAACCUGGCGAGAUGGAUUGCAGCCAGGGCUGGGACGACCAUCAACCUUACUGAGAAGAUCUACUCGUCCCAGUACGGCAUGACGUCGAGGGCCGCGUUCGGGAAGAAGUGCAAGGAGCAGGACAGGUUCAUCGGCAUGGUGAAGGAGGCAAUCAAGUUUGCGGGCGGGUUCGGGAUUGCUGAUCUUUUCCCCUCAGUGAAGCUCCUGCACAUCAUGAGCGGGAUGAGGCCGAAAAUCGAGAAGCUGCACCGGGAGUCUGACAGGAUGCUGGAGGAUAUCAUCAGGGAGCACAGGACGAAUAGAUCAGAGAAUGAGAGUGGUGAUCAGUGUGAAGAUGGCGAUGAAGAUCUGGUGGAUGUUCUACUGAAGUUCCAGAAGCAAGGUGAUCAGGAAUUGUCCCUGACCACUGAGAAUAUCAAAGCAGUGAUCUUGGAAAUAUUCAGUGCAGGGAGUGAGACCCCAGCCACAGCAGCGGACUGGAUCAUGUCAGAGCUGGUCAAGAACCCAAAGAUCAUGGCCAAAACGCAAAAAGAGGUGAGGCAGGUCUUUGGGGAGAGAGGAAAAGCAGACGAAGCAGGAGUUGCAGAGCUCAAAUACCUUAAAUCAGUGGUCAAAGAAGGCCUCAGGCUUCACCCACCAGUCCCACUCCUCCUCCCAAGGGAAUGCUCACAGGCCUGUGAAGUGCAUGGUUACACAAUACCAGUGAAGACCAAGGGCAUCAUCAACGCAUGGGCUCUGGGAAGAGACCCGAAAUACUGGAGAGACCCUGAGGCGUUUGACCCGGAUAGGUUCUGUGAAGACUCUAGCGUGGAUUAUAAAGGGAACCACUUGGAGUACAUACCGUUUGGUGCUGGGAGGAGGAUUUGCCCAGGGAUGACUUUUGGGCUAGCCCAAGUGGAGCUUCAGAUUGCCAUGCUCUUGUACAAUUUUGACUGGGCACUCCCUGGUGGGAUGAGGAAUGAGGACCUGGACAUGACUGAGGCUUUUGCUGUGACAGUGAAGAGGAAAGAUGAUCUCUGCUUGAUUCCCACUCCUUAUAAUUGCUAAGUUUCUGUCAGCUUCCUCAUUGUAUUUACUUGUAGUCGCCUAAAAAAGGUAAGUCGCAGCGCAUGGGAAGUGGAGAUCUAGGGUCUCUUUUAGGUACUUGAAGAAGGGCUCAAGAGUUUAAGCUAUGAGGCAGUUGUAAGGAUCAGAUGAGAGAUGUGGAUUAUGUACUGGUAUAUGUAAACAUGAAAUCGUUCUAUCCAAUGAAGUGUUAUC